AUGGGUUUCUUUAAAACUCUUAUUCAACUCAUUCUAAAAAAUAUAGGUAUUACUCUUAUUUGUAUUAUUGCAUUUAGUUCUAGAUUAUAUUCUAUUAUUAUGUAUGAAGCAAUUAUUCAUGAAUUUGAUCCAUAUUUUAAUUUUAGAGCAACAAAAUAUCUUGUUGAACAUGGACCAACAGCAUUUAUAAAUUGGUUUGAUCCAGAUAGUUGGUAUCCAUUAGGAAGAAAUAUUGGUACAACUGUUUUUCCAGGAUUAAUGUUUACAUCAGCAUUUAUAUUUAAAUUUUUAGCAUAUUUCAAUUUAAUAAUUGAUGUAAGAUUAAUUUGUGUUUGUAUGGGACCAAUUUAUAGUGUAAUAACAUGUAUUGUUGCAUAUUUAUUUGGAUCACGUGUACAUUCAGAUAAAGCAGGAUUAUUUGCAGCAGCAUUAAUUUCAGUUGUACCAGGUUAUAUGUCAAGAAGUGUUGCAGGAAGUUAUGAUUAUGAAUGUAUUUCAAUUACAAUAUUAAUAUUAACAUUUUAUCUUUGGAUAGAGGCAGUUUAUAAUAAUUCACCAAUAUUAAGUGCAAUAACAGCAUUAUCAUAUUUUUAUAUGGCAUCAACAUGGGGAGCAUAUGUUUUUAUUAAUAAUAUUAUUCCAUUACAUGUUCUUAUUUCUAUUUUCUGUGGAUUUUAUAAUAAAAAAAUAUAUAGUUGUUAUUCUAUUUAUUAUAUAUUUGCAACUAUUUUAUCUAUGCAAGUUCCAUUUAUUAAUUAUGUUCCAAUUCGUUCUUCUGAACAUAUAGGAGCAAUGGGAGUAUUUGGUAUUUGUCAAUUAAUUGAAUUAUAUUCAUUAAUACAUAAACUUUUAGGAAAAAAGAAAACAGUUGAAUUAAUUAAAAAAAUAUUAAUGGGAUGUGUUAUUAUUGGAAUUAUAAUAGUAUUAAUAUUAAUUAAAAAAGGAUAUAUUAGUGCAUGGUCUGGUAGAUUUUAUGCAUUAUUUGAUCCAACAUUUGCAAAGAAAAAUAUUCCAUUAAUUGUAUCAGUAUCAGAACAUCAACCAGCAAAUUGGGCAUCAUAUUUUUUUGAUCUUCAUUGUUUAAUAUUAAUAGCACCAGCAGGUUUAUAUUAUUGUUUUAAAAAAUUUGAUUUUAAUAUGUUAUUCUUAAUUAUUUAUUCUGUUUCUGUAUUUUAUUUUAGUUGUGUUAUGUCAAGACUUGUAUUAAUUUUAGCACCUGCUAUUUGUUUACUUAGUGGUAUUGCUCUUACAGAAUUCUUUAAUCAAAUACAAAAACAAUUAGAAAGUACAUUAAAAUUAUUAUUUAAAUCAAAUAAAAAACAAAUUCAAUCAAAUGAAACAUCUACUAAAAUAGAAAAAAGAAAAAUUUAUACAAAUAAAAAAGAUCAAAAUAUUGAAAAAUCAUUUAUUAAUGAAUUUAUAACAUUUAUUAUUAUGACUAUUAUUGGAAUAUUAUUAAUUAUCUUUUUAUUUAAAUUCUUUGAUUAUUCUAUUCAAAUGUCUAAAAAUUAUUCUUCUCCAUCUGUUGUUUUAUAUGGUAAUAAUGGUGGAAAACAAGUUGCUUUUGAUGAUUAUAGAGAAGCUUAUAGAUGGUUAGCACAUAAUACACCAGAAGGAUCAAGAAUUAUGAGUUGGUGGGAUUAUGGUUAUCAAAUUAGUCAUUUAGCAAAUAGAACAGUUAUAGUUGAUAAUAACACAUGGAAUAAUAGUCAUAUUGCAUUAACAGGAAAUGUUAUGGCAUCAAAAGAAGAAGAUGCAAUGAAGACAAUUAGAGAUUUAGAUGUUGAUUAUUUAUUAGUUGUUUUUGGUGGAUAUCUUGGAUAUUCAUCAGAUGAUAUUAAUAAAUUCUUAUGGAUGAUUAGAAUUGGUGCAGGUGUUAAUCCUUCUUUAAAUGAAAAUAAUUAUUAUAAUCAUGGUACUUAUACUGUAGGUGAUCCUUCUAAUACAUUUAAAUAUAGUAUGAUGUAUAAAAUGUGUUAUCAUAAUUUUUAUAAAGCUUCUAAUGGUUAUCAUUCUGGAAUGGAUGCAGUUAGAAGAGAAAUUAUUAAAGAACAAACUUAUUUCAAAAAUAUUCAAGAAGCUUUCACUUCUCAACAUUGGAUAGUUAGAAUUUAUAAAGUAAAUAAACCAAAUCCAAUAGAUUCUUUACUUUAA